AUGGGAACACGGGUCCUGCAGGGCGUCCUGGCCCUCCUUGUCCUCCCAUUACCACCACUGCCACUGCGGGGAGCUUCAGCGGUGAGCCUUCACAGCCCAGGCCUGUCCGAGUGUUUCCAGGUGAACGGCGCCGACUAUCGUGGUCACCAGAACCGAACGGGCCCGAGAGGGGCCGGUCGUCCAUGUCUCUUCUGGGAUCAGACGCAGCAGCACAGCUACAGCAGCUACAGCGACCCCCAGGGCCGCUGGGGGCUGGGCGCGCACAACUUCUGCCGGAACCCAGAUGGGGACGUGCAGCCUUGGUGCUACGUGGCUGAGACGGAAGAGGGUAUCUAUUGGCGUUACUGCGACAUCCCCACGUGUCACAUGCCCGGAUACCUGGGCUGUUUCGUGGACUCCGGGGCGCCCCCCGCGCUCAGCGGCCCCAGCGGCACCUCUACAAAGCUCACGGUCCAGGUGUGCCUUCGCUUCUGCCGCAUGAAAGGCUACCAGCUGGCGGGGGUGGAGGCCGGCUACGCCUGCUUCUGUGGUUCAGAAAGCGACCUGGCGCGAGGGCGUCCAGCCCCAGCCACCGACUGCGACCAGAUUUGCUUCGGCCACCCUGGCCAGCUGUGUGGUGGCGACGGGCGCUUGGGUAUCUACGAAGUGUCGGUGGGUUCCUGCCAGGGGAACUGGACGGCGCCUCAGGGCGUCAUCUACUCCCCGGACUUCCCGGAUGAGUACGGGCCGGAUCGGAACUGCAGCUGGGCGCUUGGCCCGCCAGGCACCGCGCUGGAGCUUAUCUUCCGCCUCUUUGAGCUGGCCGACCAGCGUGACCGCUUAGAGCUGCGCGAUGCCGCCUCGGGCCGCCUACUGCAUGCCUUCGACGGUGCCCGCCCGCCGCCGCCGGGACCCCUGCGCUUGCGGCCCACCGCGCUGCUGCUCACUUUCCGCAGCGACGCGCGCGGUCAUGCGCAGGGCUUCGCGCUCACCUACCGUGGCCUGCGGGACGCUCCUGAGGAGCAGGCGCCCCCCGGGGCCCCGGUGCAGACCCCCGCGGCGUCCUUUGAUAGGGCCAAUGCGAGCUGCAGCCCCAGGCCCGGAGUUCCCAAGGCGGCGAUGGGCGCCCGGGUCUUCUCUUCGGUGACCGCCUUGUCGGCCCUACUACUUCUGCUCUCGCUGCUGCGUCUGCUGUGCCGAAGGAACUGUCUGCUGGCUCCGGGGAAGGGGCCCCUAGCAUUGGGGCCUUCCCGGGGAUCAGGGAGAAAUUGGACCGUCUGGUACCGUCGACCGCAAGGGGUGGCCCUGCCUUGUCCUCCUGCGGAUCCCCAGGCUGAGGGUCCAGCCGCGGGCUACCGGCCUCUUAGUGGAUCCAGCCAGAGCUCGCUUCGCUCACUCAUCUCGGCUCUCUGA